AACACAAGAACAAUCCCAGACCCAGCAGCACCUGCCCCGUCCGUCUGGCUUGCGGCUCUGUGACAACUCUGACUGCGUGCUUUGCUGGUGUCCACUGCAGCUGAGAGAGAGAGAGAGAGGACGAGGGAGAAGGGGGGCGGAGGGGAGAGAGAGGAGAGAGAGAGGAACGGCAGCCCGAAACCCAACCGGGGAGACAAGCGGCGCAUGUGAAUGAUGGGAAAACUACAAAGCGACGACUGCAUUGAGGAUGGGCCAAUGGAGAAACUGCGGGACAAAUAGAUAACCAAUAAAAGCUCCUUUUCUGCAUCUCUACCUUAGGACACCCCACCACCACCACCACCCUCCCUCCUGCGGGGAGAUGUUCAUCAUUAUGGGAUAGAUGCACAAGUCUGCACGUUGCCAUGGAUACCAGCACGCGAAAAUUCACAGUGCGGAGAUGGUUUUCUAUCUACCUGAAGAACAAGGCGGCCAGGAACAAGAACAGCACCGGAUUCUGUCAGCUAGAGGACGACAGUGUGCUGAAGGAGUUUGACAUCAGCCACCAUGUUAAGGAGGGCUGUGAGAAAGCAGACCCCUCUCAGUUCCAGCUGCUCAAGGUGCUGGGACAAGGCUCCUAUGGAAAGGUGUUUCUGGUUCGGAAGAUUAGAGGAGUGGACAGAGGACAGCUAUACGCCAUGAAGGUCCUGAAGAAAGCCACGCUGAAAGUUCGAGAUCGGGUGCGAUCUAAGAUGGAAAGAGACAUUCUGGCAGAAGUGAACCAUCCAUUCAUAGUUAAACUCCACUAUGCCUUCCAGACAGAAGGGAAGCUCUAUCUGAUCCUGGACUUUCUCCGAGGAGGAGACCUUUUCACUCGUCUGUCCAAGGAGGUCAUGUUUACAGAAGAGGACGUGAAGUUCUACCUUGCAGAGUUGGCUCUGGCCUUGGACCAUCUACACAGUCUGGGGAUCAUCUACAGAGAUCUCAAACCUGAAAAUAUUCUUCUGGAUGAAGAAGGGCACAUUAAGAUCACCGACUUUGGACUGAGUAAGGAAGCCAUCGACCACGACAAAAGAGCGUAUUCCUUCUGUGGAACAAUAGAGUACAUGGCUCCAGAGGUGGUAAACCGGAGAGGUCAUACGCAGAGCGCUGACUGGUGGUCGUUUGGGGUCCUUAUGUUUGAAAUGUUGACAGGAUCAUUACCAUUCCAGGGGAAGGAUCGGAAGGAAACAAUGGCGCUUAUUCUAAAGGCCAAGCUGGGGAUGCCGCAGUUCCUCAGUCCUGAAGUACAGAGUUUAUUAAGAGCGCUCUUCAAGAGGAAUCCUGCAAAUCGACUUGGUGCAGGACCAGAUGGAGUAGAAGAAAUAAAAAGGCAUCGCUUCUUUGCAUCGAUAGACUGGAAU